CUCAACAUGGCUGUAUGCCGUCAAGUCGAGUGAGAGAACCUAUCCGCAGAGUCCUAUCCGUGAAUAACAUUUAUCUCGAUUUUACUAUUCUAARAUUUCAGCUAAGACUUCAAAUGUCCGUUGGUAUAAUUUUUUGAAAGUAUUGUUUGACUUUUUAUUGAAGAAAAGCCGAAUUCAGUACCCGUCGCAGUCAGCGUUCGGAAUUCUGUCAAGACUGAACUGAAAACUAAUAAGCAUUUCAGAUGAAGGACGCAACUCAAACGAUAGAGAAUGACUCAAACACAAAGAUAAACAAGGGAUCCAACAGCUCCUUAAAAGGCCUAGAGGGACACCAAUCCAAUGGAAGCAUCACAAUGAAGGAUGGUGAACAAGGAUUGAUCAAUGAUAACCCUUUGACUAGUGAACUGAAAAAGGAUGAUCUCUCGGAUGCUAGCCAUAACAAACCAAAAGCCAAGAAGAGACCUUUAAGGAAWACCACAAAGAAAACAAAUGAGAUAUCAGAUUCCAGUUCUAGCUUGUCAUCAUUGUCGUCUAACUCUGAUGAGGUUGUAGAAACCUUUAAUGGACAGAAAGGUGUAUCAAYAAGCCAUGGAUCUAAUUUGGAUUCCCAUGACAACAAAUAUAGUGGUUUGCACGACCAAAACAAACAUUCUCUGCCAAAUGUACUUGAAGAGAUCAACAGAGAAAAAGAGAAAUUAAAAGAAUUGCUAUUGAAUGCAAAUCAAAAGAACGAGGUGCUAACUGUUCAAAUUGAAGAAGUCAAGAGAUUAAAUGAGGAUUUGAAGAAGAAGAAUACAGCACUUGAAGAUGACACAAUUCAGGAACUAAGAGCACAACUUUCAAAUUUAACCCAAAGUCGGGAUGAUGUACAGAAAGAACUUGAAAGUACAAGAGAAGAACAUGAAAAAAGUAAACAAUCUAAUGAACAAUUACAGAAAGACAUUGAAAAUAGAUCUUUGGAAUUAGAAAAUCAGAGAAAAGCAUAUAAUGAGUUAAAAGAACAGCUAGAGCUUGCUAAGAAAGAAGUCAAGAGCAAGGAGGAACAAAGCAAUGCAAAUGAAAGGCAAAUCACUGAAGACCUGACCAAAGCACACUCCGACAUAAUGCUGAAAGACCAAGAAGUGAAUGAAUUGAAAAAUCAGUUGAAAGAUGCAAGAGAGGAGCUAGAAAGCAAAGAAAAUGAAAGCUCUGAUUUUGAAGAGCUCAAAGAGAUGCUUAAGGAUGCAAAAUUGAAAGCAGCAACUCAAGUUGAUGAGAUUGAGAAACUAAAAAGUGAACUGCAAACAGCUGAGCAAAAUCUUGCCAGCAAAUCAGAAGAUGAUGCUAACGAACAACUAAAACAAGAAGAACUUGAGAAUUUGAAGUCAAGUGUUGAAAGCCAAGAACAACAACUAGUCGACCUAAAAAAAGAGUUGGAAAUUGCAAAAAUGGACAUUGCAAGCAAAGAAAAUGACACAAUUGAAWUGCAAAAGCUGAAAGAAGAGCUUGAGAGUGCAAAGUCAAAAGUGCAAGAGCAAGAACAAGAAAUUGCUAAACUGACAGAUCAAUUAGAAAUGGCAAAGUCAGAUAUUGAAGGCAAAGGGUAUGAUGGGAAUUCAAUAGAAGUUCAACUAAGAGAAGAACUAGUUAAUGCCAAAGCAACRGUACGAAGUGUUAAUCAAGCUAAUUCUAAACUUGAGGCAAAGCUUAGUAAUGCACAAACAAUCAUMGAAACAGGAGAAGUUGAGUACAAGAAAUAUAAAGAGGAAAUCAAGGCAUUAAAAGAUAAAAUCAAAUGGUUGGAAAGAAGAAGAAUGCCUGAUAAAGAAAGUACACCAAAGACAAGCCCAAGGUCAGAAGGAUCGCCAAAAGAUGACCUUGAUAACAAACUACAGCAUGAAUCUUUGAGAAGAAGUCAAGAAAGGAUCAGAGACCUUGAGCAGAAGGUGAUUCAAGUAAAUAAGGAGAAGGAAAAGUUGAAAAAUGACUACGAUGAGGCAGUCAAGGCACUUGAAGCAGUUGAUAAAGUGUAUAGUGUGAGAGAAAUGGCUUUACAGCAAUACAAAACAGAUCUGGAAGAUGCAAACAACACAAUAAAACAACAAUCCACUGAACUUCUUCAAAAUAAGAUGGAAACAGACAAGCUUAAGAAAGACAAUGAACAAACAGAGAAAGAUUCAAAACAUCAGCAACAAAUCCAAGAAGAGCUAAAGGAACAGCUAACAAGAACCAAAGAAACAGCUUCAAUUUAUAAAACUGAAAUGGAUGAAGUUAGGAAAGAGUAUCAAGAACAAAUUCAUGAAGUACAAAUGGCUCAGGCUAGAGCAAGGGAAAGAGGCAAGAAAAUCCAAAUCCUUGAGCUUGAGCUUAAGGAAACUAAAGAAACUCUACUGAUUUCUAAAAAUGUCAUUGAUGAGAAGAAAARGAAUAUGGAAAUCUUGCAGGAAAGUUUGGAAAGUGAAAAGAAGAACUGCAAAAACCUGGAAAAUCAACUCGAGGAAAUGUUUUACUUGAAAAAGAAGUUACAGUUAAUUGAAGAUGAGAAGGCAAGGGUUGUUGAGAAACUAAGAAGAACAGAUGAGGACCUCAAUGAGACAAAGGAAGCUUUGGAGAAUUCCUGCCAAGACAAGAAGGGCCUUGAUAAGCAACUUGAGGAUUUAAGAAAAGACCACACAUCCUUAUGUGACAAAAGUGAUGAUCAGAAAUACCAGAUCCAGAAGUUGAAGAGUAUUGUUGAUAGCAAAGAGGCRGAUGUGGAACAGCAGUUAUUAGACAUUAUAUAUUAUCGAGAUCAAAUAGAUGACUUGACUUUACAGCUACAAGAGUUAUGGGCCACAUAUAAUGCAGAUAGAACUCUUGGAAAGACUGGAAAACCAUCCAGAAGAAGACCUCAUAGUGCAUCUUUGAGAAGAACACCUAAAGCACCAGCCUAUCAAAGCCCGCCAUCAAAGCCCCAUACUUAUGCUCACAGACGAUUGGUUAAUAAAUUAGGUGAACCACUACUAAACCAGAGUUACAUCAACUCUACACACAAGUCCCUCCCAACAGCACUGCCGUCUGUAACACCACAGGAAGCCCAGCCCGAGGGAAAUGAAUCUUCACCACCAGAAAAUGGAAAUCAGCUUGWAGAUGUUGAAAAGUGCACCUCGGCAAAGUCGUAUCCAAGACUACCAAGUGSAACUAAGCCAAGGCCCGUGUCGUCUUACGGAGUGCGUAGCAGCCCACCAGUGAACGGAGAGAAAUACGAAGAUCUUUGGAUGUACAAAGAUGGCGGUAGUUCAGUCAAUGGUGAUAUUGACRAGCAAAUUGUCAACUUUUUGGUCAAUAUUGGUGACCGGGUCCUCAUACAGAGCAAAGUCGUUGGCGAGGAACUUCUGAAUGUUUCUGGUGUGGUCAGGUUUGUUGGUAAAGUUGGCAAGAAAACAAGUGCUAGUCCAACUUAUGUUGGAUUGAAACUCGAUCAACCUUCUGGUGAUAAUAGCGGUACGAUCGGAGGUAAACAAUUCUUCAAAUGUCCACCAAGACAUGGAAAACUUAUUAAAAUGUCAGACGUUCAUGCCGUCAUGCAUCCCAGGACACAGAACUUCAGGAGGGUCAAGUCUGCCACAGCAAACUUUUGAACUGUUUGUGACAAAGGGUCGACCACUACGGUCAGAACGAAGCUUGUGAUUGAUCAAGACAACAACAACAAAGAAUUGUAGGAUUAUAUCAAACAAUGUUCUACUGGACAUCUUCGUUUUUUGUCUGUCUCUCUUUGUUAUUUCAUCAAAUCACAAUCUUUGUUCUAACAGUAGUGGACAACUCCAAGUGAAUGCUGACCACAGCACUACUUACGAGAAUUAACUCAUACGUAUUAAAGCUUAUCAGGCAACAUUAAGUCCAGGCUCAGACUCUUUUUACUUGUACAAUUAAAAUGGCUUCAACAAUGGUCUGGGACUGGACUAGGGAACAUUAUUUAGUGUGGCUAUGAUAGGCCACCCAACUGUUACUUUUAAGAGAAGGGAAAAAACUCACGCUUUCCAAAGAGUGCGCGCCGAUAACAGUAUUAGCGUAAAAGCGUGCGCAUUCSUUCUUUUCUUCCUAUAAAACAAUAGUUGUAACUACGCGGGCGAACAACACAGGAUUCAAGAGAAGACAUUUUAAAAUGUUUGUAAAUAUUUGUACAAAAUAUAACAUGAAAACGGUUUUUAGUCUAUAGAAUUAGUAUGAAUCACUUGGACWUAAGAAUUAUUACUUAUUUGUCUGGAGUCGAGUGUGUACAAAAAAUGUGUAUUUUUGUCAUCAUGUAAUUAUUAUUAUUAUUUUUUAUACAAAUACAUUUAGAAGGGUAAAAUUCCUUACUGUAAUAAAGGUUUGUUUCUUAUUCUAUUCAA